GUCCGCCACGUUACUGGGGUCGACAAAACCCAAACGACAACUAACGUGCAAAAGCAAAAUCUAGCAUUCAAAAAUUCAAAUCAAGCCAACAAUGGCGAGAAGAACACAUGGUCAACAUCACCAAAACCCUAGAUCCUUUCUCAGUGUCUCACCUCCUCCUCAAUCUUCUCUCUCAAAAAACCCUUAACAUUUCACACUCAAACACAGCCAGCUCUGCUUCUUACACGAUGGUUGUGCAUUGGAGGCGUGUGUUGCGUCUGUUGCCGCUGAUAGUCAUCGCCGCCCUGGUCGUCUUCGCCGCCCUGGUCGUCUUCGAGGAUAGAGUUUCGAUCCCCUCCUGCGUGGUAGUCCCCAAUGGCGGACAACAUGUGGAAGAAGAUCACCCGGACGAUCUGAAGGUGAUGAUGGUCGCGAAUCUGCUCUUGUUGGGCUCCGAAGCUGGCUACAAGAACAUCUUCUUCAGCGACUAUUACUUGUCCAAGUUCUUUGAGAAAUCAUUUAAAAUCUUGAAGCCUGAUAUGCUGCUCGUAUUAGGAGAUGUUUCUGCUAGAGGAUCAAAGUUGACGAGAAGUAAGUGGUCAUCUGUGAUCAACCAGUUCCACAAGUUGUUAGGUCCCUUUCAUGGCCGUCCAUUUCAUGUUAUUCUUGGGGACAGAGAUACUGGAGACUGCAGUGAGCUAAAUGCAAUAUCUGUUAAUUGGCUAGCCGGAAAUUUUCCUGGAUUGGACUCAUCUGGUUGUGGUGCCUUCGAAAUUAGUAAUAUUAGUUUUGUCUCACUUAAUGCUGUGGCAUUGCUCUGUGGCAACAAUAAGUUACGUUUUAGUGUUGAAAAAGUAAUAGAAAGAGAAAGUAUAGAUUUGCAAAUGGUCAGUGAACAAACAACAAAAGUGUUAGAUGAGUCUAGUAAAUUCAGAUUGGCCUCUGGUGACUUUGGGUGGAGAGAAAAUGCCAUGUCAUCUGGAUCCGGACCUGUCCUCCUACUUCAUUUUCCAUUGCACUGGACAGAAAACAACAAUUACUGGGAUAACAGUGCUGUUGGUGGACCUUAUAAUCAUCCAGAUGAGAGUUCAAAAAUUAUAGAGAGUAGGGGGUUUGUUGGAACUGGACCAUAUGAUUUAUUUCACGCUCUCCCGCCAAAUGCUACUGAAUACGUUUUUCAAGCACUUAAGCCUAGGAUUGUUUUCAGUGCACAUACUCAUAAAUUUUGUGAUCGCACUCACUCAGAUGGGACCCGUGAGAUAACUGUUCCAGCCAUGACAUGGGAUGCAAGGAGUGAGCCUGGUUUUGUUGUUGCCUUGUUCAAAAGGAAUGGAGGAGUUGUAACAGUCAGCCAUUGUUCUCUUGCCAGGGAAUCAAAUGUACUAAUUGCUUAUAUUUCUAUUGUAAUUCUGUUUAUAUCAACUAUGCUUGUAGCAAAAUCAUCACAUCUAACAUCUUCAGGAAGUUGAUAAUUAAAACUUACCCCACACCAUCUGAGUUGUGUAUUACUUUUAUAUAAUUUUUGACGUCUGAGUUGUGUAUUACUUCUAUAUAAUUUUCUUUCCUUGUGUUGA